UUGGUCUGAAUAAGGGGAAGCUUGAAGAUGAGCCCACGUAACAGGAGCAGGAGUCCUCCACGUGAUCGUAGGAUCCGCACUGAGCGCAAUUCCUACCGCGAUGCCGCACCUUACAAAAGAGACUCACGUCGGGGUUUCAGCCAAUCAAAUCUCUGCAAAAAUUGCAAGCGACCGGGUCAUUAUGCAAGAGAAUGUCCUAAUGCAGCCGUCUGCAACAACUGUGGUCUUCCUGGACACAUUGCAACUGAGUGUACCACCAAGUCAUUAUGCUGGAACUGUCGUGAGCCGGGUCACAUGGCCAGCAACUGUACGAACGAGGGCAUCUGCCAUACUUGUGGCAAGGCUGGUCAUCGUGCCAAAGAUUGCACAGCUCAUACGCUGCCACCGGGGGACAUGAGGUUGUGCAACAAUUGCUAUAAGCAAGGUCAUAUUGCAGCAGAUUGUACAAAUGAUAAGGCGUGCAACAACUGCAGGCAGACAGGUCAUCUAGCGCGUGACUGCCAGAAUGAACCCAUAUGUAACUUGUGCAACAUCUCUGGGCAUGUGGCUAGGUUAUGCCCAAAGGCUGAAGUUUUAGGAGACAGGGUUGCUGGGGGUCGCAGUGGCGGUUACCGCGAUGUAGUGUGCCGGAACUGUCAUCAGGUGGGUCACAUGAGCAGGGAUUGCGUGGGCCAAGUGAUUAUCUGUCACAACUGUGGUGGCCGAGGGCACCUGGCGUUUGAGUGCCCAUCUAGUCGAUUUAUGGAUCGUGGACCUCGACGUUACUGAGGGAGAAAAUUAGUGGGUCAGUAUGGGGCAACGCUGGGGAUAUGCAAGUUAGGGCUACUGUGGAGGCACUUCUUUUUAUUAUUUCAAAUUUGCAUUCUUU